UACUGAAGUCGUUUGCAGAUCUUCAGGCUCGUGUUUAUGCAGUUUCUGAUGUACAGCGGUGAGGAUGAGGAUGAUGAUGACGGCUGGUUUCGUUAUUGAUGAAGAUCAGCUCAUGAUGAACUUUAUUAAUCUUCAUCUUUAUUCCUGAUUGAUCACGGUGUGUUGUUUAUGGAGGCUAAUAACGCGGUAAUAACACUGUAAUAACACAAAUGAAGUGUUGAGAUUUGUGGUCGGCUCGCGUUUCGAUCAAUAAUUUAGAGCGCGGGUCGCGUAGCGCUGAAGUUUUCCUCAGCCUCGGUCUGCUGUGGUUUCCCGUUCGGGCGCGGCGCCGCUGCAGACUGUGGCCGGAUCUGCGCCGCCGUAGGCCGGUGCCGUUUCUACUCAAGUCCGGGGAUUUCAGGCCUCUCGCUGUUUGUGUAUUUACCGCGCUUUGUGUUCUUCGUGUUAUUUUAAGAGAUGAAAACACCUGAAAUGAAGAGCAGUAACCGGUAGAAGAUCACCGAAACACUCAUAUAACACUGCAGAGAGCUACUCAGAGGAUUCCCGUGCAGACACAGAUCAGCAGCUCUCCUCUCCUCUACAGACUGAUUGACAGGCGUGUGCGUGUGUGUGUGUGUGUGUGUGUGUGUUUCUCCAGGAGAACACAGAUAUGUGAGCGUUCCUGAGUGUGUGUUCCUGUUGGAGAUGAGCGGUGUGUGUGUGAUGCGUGUGUGUCUCUAACACAGGUGUGUGUGUGUGUGUGUUCUCGCGACCGCUGCGCUGGCGAGUGAGGAUGUGCCCGCGCUGAUGUUGGCGGCGGCGGGCAUGACGGAGUGUAAGGCGGAGGUGACGCCGUCGGCCAGCAACGGGCACCGCGUCUUCAGCUACACGCUGGAGAGCCACACGGCCGCCGCCUUCGCCAUCAUGAACGAGCUGCGGCGCGAGCGACAGCUGUGUGAUGUCACACUCCGCGUGCGCUACUGCCCGCUCGACACACACGUCGACUUCGUGGCGCAUAAGGUGGUGCUGGCCUCGUCCUCGCCGGUGUUCCGCGCCAUGUUCACCAACGGCCUGAAGGAGUGCGGCAUGGAGGUGGUGCCCAUCGAGGGGAUACACCCCAAGGUCAUGGGCCGGCUCAUUGAGUUUGCGUACACGGCGAGCAUCUCAGUGGGUGAGAAGUGUGUGAUCCACGUGAUGAACGGCGCCGUGAUGUACCAGAUCGACAGCGUGGUUCAGGCCUGCUGUGAUUUCCUGGUGGAGCAGCUGGACCCCAGUAACGCCAUCGGCAUCGCCAGCUUCGCCGAGCAGAUCGGCUGCACGGAGCUCCACCAGAAGGCCAGAGAGUACAUCUACAUGAACUUCAGCCAGGUGGCGACGCAGGAGGAGUUCUUCACCCUGUCUCACUGUCAGCUGGUGACUCUGAUCAGCCGGGACGAGCUGAACGUGCGCUGCGAGUCGGAGGUGUUCCACGCGUGUGUGGCGUGGGUUCAGUACGACCGCGAGGAGCGGCGUCCGUAUGUGCAGGCGCUGCUGCAGGCCGUCCGCUGCCACUCGCUCACGCCGCACUUCCUGCAGCGGCAGCUGGAGCACUUCGAGUGGGACGCGCAGAGCAAAGACUACCUGUCGCAGAUCUUCCGGGACCUGACGCUGCACAAGCCCACCAAAGUCAUCCCCCUGCGCACGCCCAAGGUGCCGCAGCUGAUCUACACGGUGGGCGGAUACUUCCGGCAGUCGCUCAGCUUCCUGGAGGCCUUCAACCCCUGCAGUGGCGCGUGGCUGCGGCUGGCGGACCUGCAGGUGCCCCGCAGCGGGCUGGCGGCCUGCGUCAUCAGCGGCCUGCUGUACGCCGUGGGCGGACGCAACAACGGGCCCGACGGGAACAUGGACUCACACACGCUGGACUGCUACAACCCCAUGAACAACUGCUGGCGGCCCUGCGCACACAUGAGCGUCCCGCGCAACCGCAUCGGCGUCGGCGUCAUCGACGGCAUGAUCUACGCCGUGGGCGGAUCACACGGCUGCACACACCACAACAGUGUGGAGAGGUAUGACCCAGAGCGGGACAGCUGGCAGCUGGUGUCGCCAAUGUUGACGCGGCGGAUCGGAGUGGGUGUGGCCGUAAUCAACCGGCUGCUGUACGCGGUGGGCGGCUUCGACGGGACGCACCGGCUGAGCUCCGCGGAGUGCUACAACCCUGAGCGGGACGAGUGGAGGAGCAUAGCGGCCAUGAACACAGUCCGCAGCGGCGCAGGUGUGUGUGCGCUGGGGAACUACAUCUACGUGAUGGGUGGAUACGACGGCACCAACCAGCUGAACACGGUGGAGCGCUACGAUGUGGAGAAGGACAGCUGGAGCUUCAGCGCAUCCAUGCGGCACCGGCGCAGCGCUCUGGGGGUCACCACACACCACGGACGCAUCUAUGUGCUGGGUGGCUAUGAUGGGAACACGUUCCUGGACAGUGUGGAGUGUUUUGACGCAGAGACGGACUCGUGGACGGAGGUCACACACAUGAAGUCGGGCCGCAGCGGAGUCGGCGUCGCCGUCACCAUGGAGCCCUGUCACAAAGAGCUGAUCCCGUGUCAGUGCUAGCGGCGGCGCGUGUGUGUGUGUGUCACUAACACACACACACACACACACAGCAGAACAUCUGUCAUCUCCACACACACACACUCUCCUAUGGAUCCACUUUAUCCUGAUCCCAGAACAGUGCCACCAUCACCACGACAGUAUGCCUGAGUGUGUGCAACAGGAGCGACGGCUGGCCAAACACACACACACACACACUUGUAUAUGUGGUUGAUGAGGACUCUCCACAGGCAGGAUGUACUCUGUACUGUAAGCAGUGUUCCCACACACACACCCCUAAACUGAGGGAUGUUCAGCGCCUCCUUAAAGUAAGCCCUUCUGUAGGACACACUCAUUACACAGUUCAGUGUCCUCCUAAACCACACACACACACACACACACACACACACACACACACACACGUGCGCGCCGCUGCUGUCAGGGUGUUGUGAGGUGUUUUGUAUUCCUCGUUGUCUCGGCUCUGGGACGGUACGAGACGCCGCUCAGAGUUCCUCAGGUCUGUACGAGCCGCACAGAUCUCCCUCUCUCCCUCUCUCUGUGAUCAGCCGUGGAGCCCAGCGCCGGUUCUGCUCCAGUCAGAUGAUUUCCACCGGCUGAUGAUCAAAUGUUGUAUUUGUAAACCCAGUUGAAGCUGCUUUUCCAGGGAUUUUGUACAUUGGUACUGCAUGAGUCUGUUUCUCUGUAAUUUAUUGAGACGGCGCCGCUCCGCCUGCUCUCGGGGGGGUCUGCGGCUCAUUUGUACUCCGCUUCUGUUUGAUAAGGGAUGCAGAUUUCAUUUAAUCAUCCAGAAUUAAGCAUCACAGGGGAUUUAAAGCCUGCUUUGUAUAUUUUACAGCGACAAACAUUGUAUAUUAAAGGUGUGUGUUUGUUGCUGGA